AUGGAUGAGGUCAAAGAAGUACUCCAACAGAUGCACCCUACAAAAGCCCCCGACCCGGACGGUAUUUUGGUGGGCAUUGGUGUCGUUGUCGAUAACAAUGCAAGUGAAGUUGAAGGUGCUUUGUCCUCUUCCAUUCCCACGGCCCAAUCAGUGGUAGAUCUAGAAGCCUUAGCAUGUUUGAAGGCUGUCCAAUUUGCUUUGGAACGGGGAAUUACUCGAGUGGUGUUUGAAGGUGAUUCAGCAAUUGUCAUUAACACCCUUCUACACGAUGCAGGUGCAUUCACUAGCUUCGGCAACAUUCUAGAUGAUAUACGCAUGCUCUCUGCUGUUUUUCAGUUUGUAGACUUUGUUUUUGUUAAUCGUCGUUGUAAUUUAGUAGCUGAUGCUCUAGCUAAAAAAGUUAAGCUAUUUGUUGGGGUUCAAGUUUGGCUGCAUGAAGUGCCAGCAGACAUUGCCCCUUUAGUUCUCCAUGAUGUUCACUAA